AUGGCAGCCGCCGCCGGCAGCACAAACACGCCGAGCACCACCGCGCUGACCAUGAAGUUGCUGGUGGAAUCCAGCCCGCUGCGCCGGCGCGUGGUGUUCGCGGAGGCCGGCAAGGACACGGUGGAUUUCCUGUUCUCCCUGCUGGCCAUGCCGGCCGGCGCAGCCGUGAAGCUGCUGGGGAAGGAGUCCAUGGCCGGCUGCAUGAGCAACCUCUACGGCAGCGCCGAGAGGCUCGACGAUGCCUACGUGCACCCCGGCCCGCCCGGCAUCAAGGACGACGUCCUCUGCGCCACCCCGUUGUGCCCCGCGGCGGCGGGGCCCAGCAGCUGCCUCCUCUUCCGCGUGCCGCCGGAGCCCACGCCGGCCCCGGCCCCGGCCCCGAAGAGGUUCUAUGUGUGCCACUACACCUACAACUACUCCGGCUGCGGCGGGUACGUAACGGAGGUGCAAGGCACGCGCUGCCCCAGCUGCGGGAACUCGAUGACCAAGGACACCAACUUCGUCGGGUCGCCGCCGGAGAAGCCGCCGGUACCGCCAGCUGAGCCGGCGAGGAGAGGGUUCGUGAAGGGCGGCGCCGUGACGUACACGGUGACGGACGACCUGGUGAUUUCGCCGAUGUCGAACGUGUCCAGCAUCGCGCUGCUCAACGCCUGCGCCGUCAGGGACCUCGGGGCGCUCCAGGAGAGGACCGUGCACAUCGGCUACAAGGAGGGUUUGGAGAUUCUGAGGGCCUCGCUGCAGUCCAAGGCGGUGCUCACCGAUGUUUUCCUCGGCAAGAAGCCACCUUCGAUGAGCAACAACGGUGGCAACAACCGUUCCUUGGGCAGCGGCAGAAGACAUGAAUCUCUCACCUGGCGUGCGUAA